GGCGCGGACGGACUGACGGACAGGUACUCUUGCCGACUGACAGACCGGCCGACGACGGCGGUGAGAGGGCUGCUGGCGCGACUCGGGCCGCGAUGUGGCGGUGAGAGGGGCAGCGCGGCGCGGCCGCGGCGCCAUGGAGACAGAGGGCCUGGUCUGGCUGCUGGAGCCGCUGCGCCAGCUGGUGGCGUGGGGCGCGGCCGGCGCCAUGGUCUUCGGCGGCGUGGUGCCCUACAUCCCGCAGUACCGCGACAUCCGUAGGACGCAGAACGCCGACGGCUUCUCCACCUACGUGUGCCUGGUGCUGCUCGUGGCCAACAUCCUGCGCAUCCUCUUCUGGUUUGGAAGGCAGUUCGAGGCCCCGCUGAUGUGGCAGAGCAUCAUCAUGAUCCUGACCAUGCUGCUGAUGUUGCGCCUCUGCACCCAGGUCCGCGUGAGCAACGAGCUGAGCCUCAAGCGCCGUGCCUUCACAGAUAGUAAGGAAGAAGAGGUCAGAGCCCCCCUCAGGCGGUCCUACCUGGACUUCGACCCGCACCACUUCUGGUGCUGGAGCAGCUUCUCCGACUACCUGCAGUGUGUGCUGGCCUUCUCGGGUGUGGCGGGCUACAUCACCUACCUGUGCAUCGACUCGGCCCUCUUUGUGGAGACGCUGGGCUUCCUGGCUGUGUUCACGGAGGCCAUGCUGGGUGUGCCGCAGCUCUGCCGUAACUACCACCACCGCUCCACCGAGGGCAUGAGCAUCAAGAUGGUGCUGAUGUGGACCAGCGGGGACACCUUCAAGACAGCCUACUUCCUGCUGCAUUCCGUGCCGCUACAGUUCUCCGUGUGUGGCCUGCUGCAGGUGCUUGUCGACCUGGCCAUCCUGGGGCAGGCCUAUGCAUACGCCCACCGGUCCUCCAAGCCAGUACCCCACACCACCCACCCUGCCAGCGCCAAGGCCCUCUGAAGCCUGGGGCUAGACCUGACACCUGCUGUCUGCAGGGCCGGAGGCCCGGGUGGGAGAGGAGGCUGAGGUGAGAAGCUCUUGGGGUGCAGGCCCAAGGCAGGGGGCACAGUGCUCUUCAUUUGGGGAGCCCAAAGGUGGGUUUCCGCUGCCCUUCCGUGACUGGGCAAGUAAGCCUUCUCCAGGCCGUCAACACUGGCUGGACUGUGCCACUCGAGCGAAGGCUCUACCAAGCACCGGGCAGGGCUGGGCAGCACGACACCCAGGCGGGGUGGGUGAGAACAGGGGCAGACCUGGUGUUGGGGCGCAGCCUGAGGCCCUGCACGAUGGCAUGUGAUGGAGGUGGCCCAGAUACUGCCCGAGUCCUUCUUGUCCUUGCUGUCUGUGGGGCAGAGCUAGCUCUCCAAGAUCCGGAGUGGGGUAGAGUCUGGCCCGCCUUCGUGGCUGCACGGCUUUUCUGUUCCUGAGGGUGAGUGGGGGAGCUGACAGGACUGAGCUGCUUGGGGAUAUGGGCAUUGAACCUCUGACGGCUCUGAGCAGGACCCUGGACCUCGCUGUGGGGACGAGGCCCUGGUUAGGGCAGGCCCCACCCCCAGGAGUGCCCUAUACCUCAGAUCCCGCUUGGGCUGAAAGUGACCUUACAGGCUUGGGCCCGCCUCUGCCCCCUGCUCCCCUAAGUCCAGUCUCAGGGGUUCACACAGACUGUGCCCACAGCCAUCACCUUCUGCUGGGCGGAGGAGCCAGCUGUUGUGGGACGGUGUGGAGGCAACCCCAGGCUGGGGCAGACCAUGGAGGCCAUCCUCCACUCUGGCUGGGCCACACUCAGUUGCAGCCUCUGCAGAGCACAUCCCCAGUGACUGGGUGAAUGGGCUCCCAUCUGGCCUUGGGGCCCGUUUCAAUCAAUAAAGGACUACAGACAAUG